AUGGUGUCUCAGCCCGUCCUAAAGAUGCCUGUGCUGCGGGAUAUGGUUCUCAUAAGCGAUCAUGCGUUCCGCGGUCCUUUCCUAUCGAUUCACGCCGUGCGCCUGAAGCGGCUCGUUUUGCACGGACCGAUCCUCCAGUCCAGCCUCGAGCACUGCCGAUCGCUCGCAUACCUCUGCCUUGCCACGUCCGCGCAAGCAGUCUUCCUGCCGCACCACCGCGGUCUCGCCAGCCUCGACCUGUCCUCCGAAUCCCAGAUCAUAAGACACAUGGAGACAGUGGUAGAUUCCCGAUACCACGAUGGACUUCCCGCCCUGCGCGUGAUGCGAUUCGUCCACGGCUCAGACGCAGAUACAGUCGCGAUUAUGCCUCCUCCAGAGGUGGAUCUCGCAGCAACGCAGGCGAUAGACUGCUUCGCGAAGAACGGACCCAGUCUGCCGAGACGAAUCGAAGGAACUGAGGAGUUUUGA